GGGCACUCGGUGUCACUGCAGGAGACACAUUGUGCAGGUCAGGACUUCACUGGCAUCAAACAACACCAUCAGUGAGUAGGUGAAAGGAAGAUCAGAGGGAAAGAUUUCUGAUCCCACCAUCAGCUGCUGGUCCUGUGGAGUGGAUUUAAGAAGAGAGAAAAUGUUCCUGCCCCAGAGGUCUCUGCAGGCAGUUACAUUUUUGGCAAUUCUUUUUUUUGCCUGUUUUGCAAUGUGUCAAGAGAUUGAAAACAGAAGAGCAGUGACGGAGCACCAGCUCCUGCACGACAAAGGGAGGGCCUUCCAGGGGCUGAAGCGCCUGCUGUGGCUCCACAGCGCCCUGGGCACCGUGCACACAGCCAGCAGCAGGGACAUCCCACCUCCAAAUGCCACGUGGGAUGUGCAGAAGAGCCAAAAUCCCUCAGAUCUGCACAACAGCAUCGAUGGAGACGAGACUUCCAGCCUGAUGAAGCGGCUGCUGGAGCUGAGGGAAGCACAGGGAUUCCUCCCGUUAAAGCAGCUGGAUUUGAAGAGCCCAAAGGGGAACUGGAGCCCAAAGGGGAACUGGAACCCACAAGGCCUUUUUGAGCUGCUCCAAACCAAAGAGCUGGGCAGCAAGAGAAGUCCCAGCACGCAGCCACAGGACUAUUCCCGUUAGCCCUCAACUCCCCCGGGCUGUCCCUUGCUUUCCACAUGUGCUCUUGUAGGGAAAAGCUCCAGCACAAAGGUGAACUGCAAAAUAAAGAUAAUUAACUGCAUUUACACCUCCAGAUGUUGAUAGAGACCCUUAUAAGGAGCCAAGUUCUCUCCUGAGCAGCUGAGUGCUGUGACUGUGAGAUGGGUCACUUGUCACAGGCACUUCUCUUUUACAUCAGGGCCCUCCCUGUCUGUCCUGGAUAUCUUAGGGGUGCUGCAGCCUCUUGGAGCUCCUGUAGCCUACUCAGCAGGAAGUUUGGGUCAUUAAUGUGCAUAUUUGGAGGCUCACUGGAGCCUAAUGUUUUGACUCCUGAAGAAAGUUAUCUCCUAAUACAGGUUCUCUUUCAUUCCACCCCCGCCUGCAGUUCUGCCCUGCUCUAAUAAUGACUUUUCUUAUACUGUAGGUCCAAAGGGGUUUUUUCCCUGCUUCUUCAGUGUAAUGAAAGUUUUAAGCAUCUCAUCCCUCAGUUUGUCCUUCCUUUUGCCAGGUAAAAGUUGACAGUGAUCCUCACUCAGCCAAAGCCCUAAACAUUCACCUUGUUCUGCUGGUGGAAGGAUGAGAACCAGCUUCCAGGGUCUCUAUUUCAGCUUUUGUCCCAACACUUCCUUCCUUUUCUUUCCUCAUGUGAAAUCCUCUCCCAAGAGCUCCCACAGCAGCAGAAAACCAGCUUCAUGAGGCCACCUGCAUUUCCUGGAGUAGGUACCACAGGAUUUUGCUGUUCACCUUUGCCAUCAAACUGAUCAUCUCUGCCUAAGCAAAGCAAGAUCCAGUUUAAUUGUAAAAUCAGUCUUUCAGAAAUGAAAUCUCUUGUGUGUUACAAAUUUAUCAGCGUUUCCAUCGUGUAGGGACUCCACACCGUUUUAAAUCCUGAAAUUCCUCUGUUGCUGAUAGACUUCAACUGUGCAGAAUGUAUUUCUCAGUGAUUAAAAUGUUGAUAAUAAAAACCCUUUUCACCCUCUGAA